AUGAGAGUACUCACCCGUUUUGGUGCUUGGGGGGCUGGACUUAUCUCGAUUGCCGGCACUGCAGUUAUCUACACCGCCAAUACUCCUAGCGCUUUUCUUGGCGGUAAAAUAAUUAAUGCUUUCGGACUCGGCAUGGCUUUGACUACUGGUCAAAUCUACGUAUCGGAGAUUACCCCUCUCAAGAUUCGGGGGGUUGCACUAUCAGCGUACGCUUUUAGCAUGAACCCAGGAUAUCUAAUCGCAGUCUCUGUCGCCUUCGACCGUGUAGCAAUCAUGGACCAAUCGUCAUACAAAGUUCUCUUCGCCUCAAAUUGGGUCUGGCCUCUCAUCAUUGUCAUAUUCUGUUUUGUCAUCCCUGAAUCUCCCUAUCAUCUGGUCAGAAAGGGAAGUUUAUCCUCUGCCACCAGCGCUCUCUCCAAACUCUACAACAAAUCCAUCUCAGUCGAACCCCUCCUUGCCAGCAUGGUCCAAAUCACUCGCGAGGAGAGAUUCCAAGCCAGCGAAAGUAGUGAAACUUCGUACAUGGACCUAUUCAAAGGAACGAAUUGGCGCAGAACAAGAAUCAUCCUUUACAUCAAUGGUAUCAAUCAAAUGAUCGGUGCUACUUUUAUUGCGAACGCUCCAUACUUUAUGAUCAAUGCGGGCCUAUCGUCCUCUCAAGCUUCCAUGAUAAUCGAGCUGAGCAUUGGGUUUGCCUUGAUUAGCAGUUUCUUUACAUUUUGGUUCAUGACAUUCAUUGGGAGAAGAAAGAUGAUCUUAUCCGGUAUAGUACUUGCUAUCGUUUUAUUUCUGAUUAUGGGAAUCGCAGCAAGUGUAUCUUCAUACAAGGUAUCCUUAUGGUGCGUCGGUAUAACCCUCCAAUUAGUAUGGUUCACCAUCGGCCCCUCAAUCAGCCCUUCCAUAUCCCUCGCCGGAGAAAUCUCAUCCCUUCGUCUCCGCGCUAAAUCCCAGUCCCUGGGUUUUCUCUUCAACUACACAUAUUCUACGAUCUGGAAUGUAGUCGUUCCCUACAUGUUCAAUACCAACGAAGGAAACCUAGGUGGUAAGAUGGGAUGGAUUUUUUGUGCAACGGCUUGUAUUGCGUGGUUUAUGGUUUGGGCGGAGAUUCCGGAGAUCAAGGAUAGAAGUUAUAGAGAAUUGGAUGAGAUGUUUAGUAGAGGAGUGGGAGCGAGGAAGUUUAAGGGCUAUUGUACAGAGAGGAGUGUGGAGAAUACGAAGGUUGUAGAGAAUCACCAAGGUGUUUGA